AUGCAUUGUUUGAGUAAGUUUCAGGUUGUUAUUCUUCUUUAUAUAUGCCAAUAUAUGGUUGCGUUGAUGUGGACGUGGCGAAUAAAUCCUGACAAUUCUGCUAUACCAUACCUCACUGCUCUUGGUGACGUGCUUGGAACUUUAUUGCUAUUUCUACUCUUCUUGUUUCUUGACGGCUUACGAUCUCAUCCAUUAAGCUGGAUGAGCAUCACGGACCGUUCAGUUUUCACUUUACUUAUCCAUAUCCUUGUUUUCGGCGGUAUGGUCAAGCUUGGAGACCGAGUGAGCAUUGGUGGUUAUGGUGCUAUCGUGAGAUACAUUGGCGACGUUACUGGUCACCCUGGAACUUGGGUUGGAGUCGAAUGGGACGAUCCAGAUCGUGGAAAACACAAUGGUACCGUAAAUGGUAUUCAGUACUUUGAGACGAGGUUUGCGAAGGGAGGAUCUCUUGUCAAUCUUCAAAAUGUGAGUCCUGGAGUGGAUCUGCUAUCCGCAAUUCUGAAUCGCUAUGCGGACGAUGUUGAUGAAAACGUCUACAUGCUUAGCACCAAACCUGUCGAAUUAGUUGGCAUGCAGUCAACAUCGAAAAAGCAGAGCAAUAUUUUCGAAUUGAAGCACAUUGUACUGGAAAGCUGUUCUGUCGUGGAGCCACCUCCCGACACUUGCGAACCCUUUCGAAAAUGUCUUUCUCUGAACCUCUUCAACAAUCUGCUCUCGCGAUGGGAGGAUAUUCGGAAAAUUCUGAAAUAUUUUCCAAAACUUCGCGAACUUGUGCUCAGCAAUAUUUUCGAAUUGAAGCACAUUGUACUGGAAAGCUGUUCUGUCGUGGAGCCACCUCCCGACACUUGCGAACCCUUUCGAAAAUGUCUUUCUCUGAACCUCUUCAACAAUCUGCUCUCGCGAUGGGAGGAUAUUCGGAAAAUUCUGAAAUAUUUUCCAAAACUUCGCGAACUUGUGCUCAGAAAAAAUCGCAUGGAACCGGCACCGACUGGCGAACCAUGGAAAGAAGUUAACUCUCUUCGUGAUUUAGUUCUGAGCGAUUGUGAUCUGUCGUCUGAAUCUUGGCGGUCUAUCAAUCGGCUCCAAGCACUUCCAAUGCUCUCUAUCUUAUAUAUUGACUGUGAAAAUCUAAGUUGUGUUCCAGGCAUCGAGAUACACGAGGUCAUAAUAGCCAAGUUGAGCGGUCUAGUGGAUUUGAACCGUUUCGACAUCAGUGCUGUCGAAAGACAAUCAGCAGAAGUUCGCUUUCUGGACAAGUAUUUCUCGGCUGAUGAAGACGUUAAGGCGGAUCACAUGCAUGACUUGGAAAGGCUCAAAAAGGUCCAUGGUACUGCAGAUGUCUCCUCGAAAAGUUGUGGUUUGAACGUAGUAUCGCUCUCGAUUUGCUAUGGAAGCAAUGUUGUCAAGAAACGAGUUCCACUGGCAAUAACUGUGCAGAAGUUGACAGAAAUGAUUGGGCGUGUAUUUUCAACAGGCCUGUUGAAUGUGAAACUAGUGCUCGACAAAGUCACAAUGAGCAGCGACGAUUUGGAUAAUCCAACACCAAAACAAGUAUACAGACAUAUAAUACGAUGUGGUAUUCGGCUCAGAGCAAAGAACCAAACAGUAUGUUCUGGUAUUAUGAUGAUGCAUCGUCUUCUACAACGAGAUAUAGGAUCUGUAGUAUGUAACUACACUCUUGCAACGACAUGCUUAGUGUUGGCAGCCAAGUACGAAGAAGACCGUGAUAUAGGAGUUCGCGAUGUCAUCAACGCAAGUCACCGAAUACUGCAUCCGGACGGUGAUCCAGCGAAACUCAACGAUCAUAUGUAUGAGCUGAGAAGAGGCAUAUCGGAACUAACGUUUGUCGUCCUACGUGAACUCAACUUUGAUCUCAACUUUGGACAUCCUUUCAAUUUGUUGGCAAUCUAUUUGGACACACUGCGAUCAUGGAUGCCCAAGGAAUUUUCCGAGAAACCGAUCGUUGACUCCUGUAACGUAAUGCUCAGGGAUUGCUAUUCUGUACCGGAAUUUGUUUUAUCGCAUUCGUCUCACUCCCUAGUUAUUGCCGUGAUUUCACUAGUCCUAAAAGGCAUUGAUGUGGAUGUACCACACAGUCGCGAUUGGUUUGAAGUCCUUCAUAAGUCGAUGACAGAGCAAAGGUUACAAAAAGUAGAAACCGAGAUUAUUCGUUACGUUUACGGAAUGCAUGUCAGCAUAGACUGA